AAGAGGAAAACAAAGCAAAAGGCUCUUACUAAAAGAAUCUCUGUGUUGACAUUUGUGUAUCUCCGUGGAUAUCUCGAUCGGUUGAAAGCGGAUAAAACUAAAUAAUAGAACAUUUUAAUUUCUAUAAGAGAGAGUAUUUCCGUACAUCUUAGAGCGACCGGAUACUGUGGGGGCACGUGAUACAGUUCGAUGUCCUUGAGCUGAAGUUUGCCACCAGUGGACGAGUCUGCUUUUCGAUGGAUACAACAAUUAAACAGGCUAUGUAGACACGUCGAGAAAGAUAGGAUAUAAACACCUGUUCGAAUCUCCCUAUGCAGAUCAAUCAUAUGCCACCAAUCCAAAAAUGUAGUAAACGUUGACAUAUCGUAACGUUCGUGUCAUACAUGCAUCUUCGGACUUGUGUAACCACCAGCGACUUUAGAAUAAAUAUGGGUUUUUUUAAAAUAUUCACUACAAAUACAAGUUUAGUCAAAACAGGCUUCAGAAUCAGGCAUGGGAUCAUAAAUGAAAUCCCAAAAACGUGCUUGGUGUCAAGCCGCAAUUUGUACAACCCUGUGGAAAAGAAGUGGCACAAACCAGUGGGCUAUGACACCGGUAUAAAGAUGUACAACAGUCUUACCAAACAGAAAGAGACUUUGGUUUUGGCACGAGAACGAAUUGCAACCUGGUAUAGCUGUGGACCCACCGUUUAUGAUCACGCGCAUCUCGGUCAUGCUUGUUCAUAUGUCAGAUUUGACAUUCUUCAAAGGAUUUUAUCCAGAUUUUUUGCCGUUAACGUUAUCCACGCCAUGGUCAUCACUGAUAUUGAUGAUAAAAUCAUACAGAGAAGCCUUGAGGAAAAUAUGUCACCCACUGUCCUUGCAAGAAUGCAUGAGGAAGAGUUUAAGAAGGACAUGGAGGCUCUGCGGGUUCUUCCUCCAGCUGUUUACAUGAGAGUGACCGAAAACAUAUCUUUGAUAGUGACUUUCAUAGAGCGCAUUAUUGGGAAUGGACACGCCUAUGUCACAAGUCAAGGGAAUGUCUACUUUGACACAAAGUCCAUUGGUAACCGUUAUGGCAAGCUUGUGAACCUUGGAGGCGCUGUUGGAGAGCCAGGGAUGCAGGAUAAAAAUGAAGCAAGGGACUUUGCCUUGUGGAAAGCAUCUAAACCUCAUGAACCUUACUGGGAGUCACCUUGGGGAAAAGGAAGACCUGGGUGGCACAUUGAAUGUUCUACAAUUGCUAGUUCGGUAUUUGGGAGUCAGUUGGACAUCCACUCGGGAGGCAUCGACCUCGCCUUUCCUCAUCAUGAGAAUGAGAUUGCUCAGUCAGAGGCGUAUCAUCAGUGUGAACAGUGGGGAAACUACUUCCUGCACUCAGGGCACCUUCACUUGAAAGGAAGUGCCGAGAAGAUGUCAAAAUCCUUGAAGAAUUAUAUAACUAUAAAGGAUUUUCUGGUCUCCUACACUGCCAAUGAGUUUAGGCUUUUUUGCCUUCUGACCAAAUACAGAUCAGGAAUCGAAUACAGUGAUGCUAGCAUGAAUGAAGCCCGAUCCACCCUGUCUACCAUCUCUGCCUUCAGCCACUGUGCACAAGCCUACAUGAAGGGUUACUUACAAUGCCAGUCUGUAGAGGAAAGUUCUCUCUGGGAGAGGUUGUCCGCUACACAGGCCAGUGUUCGGCACGCUCUUGCUGAUGACUUUGACACCCCAAAAGCUUUGGAUGCUGUUAUGAGCCUUAUUCACCAUGGUAACUGUCAGCUUCAGCCUGUCACUAAGGGUGAUGGUCCUAGGAGUCCUGCUGUAUUCGGGGCUAUGUUGUCAUAUGUCAGGGAAAUCAUGGAUGUUUUUGGGGUCGAUUUGCUGAACUUAACGGAAGUCCAUGACUCUUCGGGAAUUUUGAAUAAUUUAGUGGAAGAGUUGGUGCAUUUUCGGAGUGAAGUUCGCAAGUUUGCUCUGUCUGUUGAAGACCAAGAACUUCAUAGCGCCCAUUCUAACACUGCAACUCAGAGGAGGCUUUGUCGGCCGGAUAGAGUUCCCCUACUUAAGGCCUGUGAUGUUCUACGGAAUAAUCUAGCACCUCUUGGAGUGCACAUUAAGGACAGAGGCACAAACUCCACGUGGGAAAUCACAAGAACAAGUGGAGGAGAUACAAAAGUCUAAACCUCUUGCUUAAAUGGAGCAAACACUGAUUGCGAGAACUUGGACACAUGCUUUUAGUUGCACUGUAAAUACUAUACACUGCAGAAAUAAAAUAUUGUAUAAUGUUAUAGGUGGAACUACGCUUUGAUCGAAAGAAAAAAUGCUGUUUUAAGACUUUUGGCCCAAAAUACCAAGAUUUUUUUGUAUUCUGUCAUUGGUCUUGUGUCUGGGUUCGUCUUUGUUUUAUGCUAAUAUUAAGCUUAAACUGGAAUCACUGGUAGCUUUACAUGAACCGCUUACAUGGAUGUUCAUGACCAUGAAUAAAAGUUUGAACAGCUUUAAAUAUCA